AUGAACAAGUCGUUUUCCGUUGUUACUACUCUGCUCUUACUUCUUUGUUUGACAUUAGCAGUCGUGGUGGUGGUGGAUCGUGUGAAUGGUCAAUUAUCGACUGUUCGUGCUUUCCUUUCUGAUUCCGAUUUGAAUAACUUGUUGACACGAGAAUCACCAUUGUUUGCUAAAGAAAUUGAAGCUCAAAAGAUUCCAGAUAUGCAAUUGAAAGAACAUGUUUCAAUCAUUGGAGAUGUUGAUAUUAGCAUUACGGGAAUUACCAUCAGUAAUGUUGCUUUGGGUAAUUUGAAAGUCUUGAUGACAAGUCCCAAUCAAGUGUCUUUGACAGAUAAUAAUGCUCAGAUUACAAUUAGUUUGAAUUGGGCCUAUAGACAAGAAAAUUGGCCACAUAGUAGUGGUUCUGGAACUGCUGUCUGUUCCACAAACACUGUCUCUAUGACUGUCACCAUCUUGAUGCAACUCGAUGUCAACUCUGGAAAGCCACAAUUCCAAUUAACAGCCAACACCAUUGAUUUGGGUAAUUUGAACAUUAACAUUUCUGGAGGUGGUGGAUGGAUUUUGAAUUUAUUACAAAAUCUCUUUGCUUCACAAAUCAAAUCAAGUGUUCAAACUGGAGUGGAAUCUGCCAUUUCAUCUGCAGUGGCUCGUGUGAAUAAUAAUAUUCAAGCUGCAAAUAUGAUGCCAGUGUUGAAUAUGACACUUGGUGCCAAUAACUUUAAAUUACAAGUGGAUUAUCGUGUGAGUGAAUUAACUGUUUUGAAUAAUGCAUUCUUGGCAGUUGGAACUCGUGCAACUUUCUAUGAUCCUAAUAAGGGAAUUUCUCCAUUACCAUUUGGACAUGUGACACUUCCUAAUCAACCUCCAUCACAAAUUGAUGAUUUAAUUGAUGCCUAUGUUACAGAUUUUGUCAUUAAUUCGAUGCUUUAUGGAUUAUAUUCCUCAAAUCAAAUGCAAACCAUUAUCACACCAGACAUGAUUCCAAAUUAUUCUCCCAUUCAAUUGAAUACCACCAGUUUGAAGAACUUGAUUCCACAAUUGUACAAUGCUUAUCCAAAUAAGCAAGUUCAAUUGUAUUUGUAUAGCAAUGCUGCAUCAAAUGCUAACUUGUGGCCCAAUAUCAAAAUUUCACAACUCAAUGGAGGAAUGAUUUCUGCUUACUUUUAUGGAAAUAUUGAAUUUCAAGUAUUGACUGGAAGUGGAUCUACUGCCAAUGCCUUCAUUCUUUCUCUCGUUGCGAAUGCCACUCUUGAUAAUCCAAAAUUAAUUGUCUCUGGUGGUUCCAAGUUGAAUUUCACAGCUCAAAUUGUCAAUCCACAAUUCUCAGUUUCUGUCGCUCAAUCUUGGAUUGGACCUGUCAAUCUUGCCAAUUUGCAACAAAUCAUCCAACUUACCUUAAUUGACGUUUAUUUACCAAUUCUCAAUAAGGAUCUUGCUUCUGGAAUUCAAUUGAUUGAUUUGUCAUCCUUGUUGCCAGGAUUCAAUUUGGUAAAUCCAAAUUUAUUAUUACAAAAUGGAUACAUGGUGAUGGGUGUUGAUGGUUAUUAUAGUCCUUCAUUAAUGUUUAGACAACAAACUGGAAAGAAUGUUGAAAAAGAUGUGAAAGAGAGUUCUGCUGCUGCUGACAAGAUUAUUGCCAAGUUGAAGAAGACCAUUUCUAUCCAAUAA